UGAGCCUGACUCAACUCACAUUGAUAGCGUACAGGCGCUCACGCGUCCACCCAGUCAGUAAGUCAGUAGGAGAAACCGCUUCUCAGAUAAACGGACAGUAACUGAGACAGGAAGACCGGUUUUGCCUUGCAGCUUCGAGGAGAAGGCUUUUCAACCCAGCGGAAGUGUGUUCGUUUUUUUGGUAGUAGACAGGUGUAGUUGGACCACCUGUGUUUCACCAACAAUCAGAGCAGAGGAACAGAGAGAGACCCCGGGAGACUGUUACCACUGCACGUUCUCUACAAGCUUUGGAAACACACCAUACACUCCUCACGGAGACUCUAAACAUGCUGCUGCUGGAAGAGUCUGAGACUUUUGCAGACCAGGCUCACAGCGCUCCUUUCAGCUCCCAGAAUGAGGCGCAGGGGGGGGACCCGGCAGGGUGGCAGUGUACCAUCCCAUCUACCUCACCUCCGGGGGAGUUGCCGUCCCACCCCUCAGCACAGCCACUCUACCCACCGUCCUCAAGGCCCCUGAGUGGAACCAAGAAGAGGUCCCACUCUAACAAACCUGCACGCAUGAGGAGGAACAUCAGGAAGUUAUUGAGGGAGCAUCAGUUGGAGGCAGUUACCAAAGCUGCCCAGCAGGAGGAGCUGGAGAGGCGGCAGAGGCUUGACCAGCUGAGAAAGGAAGGGCACUAUCCAGUACCCCUCCUAUCCAAGACACCAGAAGACCAACCUCAUGGUGUGUCUGGUAGGGUGGCUGAACAGGAUAAUGUGAUCUGUCUGGACACUGGUGACAGAAGCACUAAGCUGAGUGUGGACCACUCCAGCGUUCUAAUCCCAAAAACACGCACCCCUAAAGAAGAUGUGAUUGAACUCAGCUCUGAUGAGGAUGAUGGCAGUGUGUCCACCAAUGAAGAUGAGGCCAGCGGUGCCCAUGUCAAUGAUGCUCUGAACCAACCAGAUGCCUUGGGGCGUGUCUUGGUCAACCUGAACCAUCCAACCGAUGAGACUGACCUAUUCCUGUCCCCUCAGCUGGCCCGGGUCAUCAAACCUCACCAGAUCGGUGGGAUCCGGUUCCUCUACGAUAACCUGGUGGAGUCUCUGGGGCGCUAUAAGAGCAGCAGCGGGUUCGGCUGCAUCCUGGCCCACAGCAUGGGGCUGGGCAAGACCCUGCAGGUCAUCUCCUUCAUAGAUGUCCUGCUCAGACACACAGAGGCCCACAGUGUUCUCGCCAUCGUGCCUGUCAACACUUUACAAAACUGGCUGGCUGAGUUUAACCUCUGGCUUCCGUCCGCCGAUGCGCUACCCCUGGACGUCGACCCAACCCACGUCUUCCCGCGCACCUUCAAGGUCCACAUUUUGAACGAUGAGCACAAAACGACGGCCACAAGAGCAAAAGUGAUCUCUGACUGGUCACGAGACGGCGGCGUGCUCCUGAUGGGCUAUGAGAUGUACCGCCUGUUGACCCUGAAAAAGAGCUUUGUGGCAGGCAGGAAGAAGAAGUCCAAGAAGCCCCAAGGACCGGUUGUCAUUGAUCUGGAUGAAGAGGAUAGGCAACAGGAGCUCCUUAAAGGAAUAGAGAAGGCCCUGUCUUGCCCCGGCCCGGACGUGGUUAUCUGUGAUGAAGGUCACCGCAUUAAGAACUGCCAUGCCAGCACCUCGCAGGCCCUGAAGAAUAUCCGUACCCGGCGAAGAGUAGUCCUCACGGGCUACCCCCUCCAGAACAACCUGACAGAAUACUGGUGCAUGGUGGACUUUGUCCGGCCCGACUUCCUAGGUACCAGGCAGGAGUUCAGUAACAUGUUCGAGAGGCCCAUUCUGAACGGGCAGUGCGUGGACAGCACUCCCCAGGACGUCCGGCUAAUGAGAUACCGGAGCCAUGUCCUCCACAGCCUGCUGGAGGGCUUCGUCCAGAGGCGCGGUCACGACGUACUGAGAGACCAGCUGCCCUCCAAGGAGGAGCAUGUGAUUCUGGUGCGCCUGUCGCCCCUGCAGAGGGCCCUCUACACGGAGUUCAUGAAGCGCUUCAGAGAGGCAGGCAAUAGCGGCUGGCUUAGCCUCAACCCACUCAAGGCCUUCUGCGUCUGCUGCAAGAUCUGGAACCACCCGGACGUACUGCACGAGGCGCUGCAGAAGGAGAAUCUGGCCAAUGAGCAAGACCUGGACCUGGAUGACAUCACCAACGGUCCUGCCCCCAACCAGAAGGGCAAGACCCCGGAGGACCCCAACAGCGUCGGAGGGCUGAGUCUCAACGCUCUACAGGAGAAGGCCAAUCAGGUCAUAACCUAUGAAUGGGCGAAGGAGAUUAUGUCAGAUUACAAGCCAGGGCUCUUGGAGAACUCUGCUAAGAUGGUCCUGCUGUUUCACCUGAUUGAUGAGAGCGUCAGGAAGGGAGACAAGAUCUUGGUCUUCAGCCAGAGUUUGUCCACACUCUCAGUCAUUGAGGAAUUCCUGGGGAAGAGGCCCAUACCAGCGGGCAGUGCCAGAGAUGGCAACAACCAAAACUGGGUCCGCAACCUCAACUACUACAGACUGGAUGGAAGUACAUCUGCCUCAGAGAGGGAGCGACUCAUCAACCAGUUCAAUGACCCGUCCAACACCUCUGCCUUGGUCUUUCUUCUGUCUACCAGGGCUGGCUGUCUAGGAGUGAAUCUGAUCGGAGCUAACCGCGUGGUGGUGUUCGACGCCUCCUGGAACCCCUGUCACGACGCCCAGGCUGUGUGUAGAGUGUACCGCUACGGCCAGAAGAAACCCUGCCACAUCUACCGUCUGGUCUGCGACUUCACCCUGGAGAAGAAGAUCUACGAUCGACAGAUCUCCAAGCAGGGCAUGUCUGAUCGAGUGGUGGAUGAUCUAAACCCUGUGCUGUCCUUCACACGAAGGGAAGUGGAGUCUCUGCUCCAUUUUGUGGAUGAGGAACCUGAUGUGUCACAGGUACAACUAAAGCCCCGACAGGACAUGGAGACGAGCAUCAGACAGGCAUGCCAACUCUACCCGCACCUAGUGACCAAGCAACCAUUCCACCACGAGUCUCUUCUGGUGGACAGGAGGGAGAUGAAACUGACCAAAGCAGAGAAGAAGGCGGCCAGAAAAAGCUACGAGGACGAGAAGCGUGCGUCCGUGCCUUACACACGCCCCUCCUACGCCCACUAUUACCCUGCCAGCGACCAGAGCCUCACCAACAUUCCUGCCUUUAGCCAGCGCAACUGGCGCCCACCACCUCGCCAAGAAGAGAAGCCAGUAGCCAGCGUCCGCCCCGUUCAGUCAACUCCAAUUCCCAUGGUGCCUCGCCAUGCGUCGAACAGCUCCGCACCUGCAGCAGACUCCGAUCUGAGCUCGGGCUUUCCCGUCAAUUACCUGCAGAAGGCAGGUGUCUUGGUCCAGAAGAUAGUUACCACCACAGAUAUCGUGAUUCCUGGAAGCACCAGUUCAACUAAUGUCAAGGCCAGGAUCAGGGCAGGAGAGAGCAUCCAUGUCAUCAGAGGAACCAAAGGGACCUACAUACGGACGUGUGAUGGGAAGAUCUUUGCCAUCCGCGCUGCGUCCAAGCCAAAAGCAGGGGAGGAGAACUCAGCUGUGACACACAAGGACACCCAGGAAGCAUUGGUGGAGCCCUCUGCCAACGGCUGUGCAUCCCGUCCACUCUCGCCCGACAGCCCAGAGAUCUUGAAUGAGCUCCAGAGGUAUGCAGCCGCAGCCGUAAACAAGUCCCAGUCAGAGCAGGGCUCCAAGGCCCCGUCUGUAGGAUCAGAGGGCCUGGCAGAGACCUCCGACGGCAGCAGCUUGAUCAGUCACGCCAUGGCCUGGAAAGGUGUCUCGGCUCAGCCCAGCACAGACGCCACGGUGGCCCUGGAUCUGAGGGGCACCAAGCGCAAGGCUUCCACCCCAUCUGCCAAAGAACGGCCCUUCGACAAGCUGCCAGCUACCGGCAAGCGCACCACGGCGCCGUUGCCCCCCCAGGCCUUCCCCUUCACCAGGGGCUACGGCCUCCCGACCAUGUGCCUCAACCAGACCAUGAUGAGUUCCGUUGGACACGCCCUCUUCAUGGGGUCUGGCUCAGCCUACUUCCAGCCACAGAGCCAGCUGGGUGACCCCCGUGGCAUGUUCCCCAUGACCUCUGACCCAUACAGCAUGGGGGGAGACACCCUAACUAGCUCCUCUAGGUCUCCUUCCACCACCUCAUCGUCUUCUCCGGCUGCCUCUGACUCCACCUCCCUGGCUCCGUUCCUGCUGGGCGCCGGCAUGGCAGGCAUGCUGCCCCCGGGGUUCCACAUGUCCUAUGACCAGUCCGUGGGCAUGUACCCAAGCUCGCUGCUCCCCGGGGGACUGCCUGCCGCCACCCCAGGCCCUGCUGGUUCCAGCUUCCUCUCCCACUUCCCCUCCUCCCCUUCCUCCGGCCUGAUGGGGAAAGGGCCAGGUCGCUUUGAUGCCCACGGCUCAGCAGAGAAUGCCAGUAGCAGCUCCGACAGCAACAAUGACGAUGAAGAUGAUGUCAUCGAGGUGAUGGGACAGUGAGAGCCUCUAGAUCUGUAAUUGUCUUGUAGGGGGCAGUAGAGGGUUGGGACAACCAACCUCCAUCCACCUGCUCUAGCCCUCUACGCCUUCUCUAGUGCAAUGUGCACGCCUUUCAAAAAACAACACUGUUGGGAUUAUACUCAGAAUGUGACUGGGCAACAAAUCAUUAUGCUGAAUAUUUUACUGAAAAAGAUUUACUAAAAAAUACUGAGAACCGGACAGAACUUAGAUGAAAAAUUGGACUUGGGGCUUCCAAAAUGAGUCCUGUACUGGUUUAUACUAGUCACUGAAGUGGUUCCUGGGUCAUACAGUAAUCCUGAUCACCACGGCGUCUGCUUUUUGUUCAGAAAAACUUUUUUGGCAUUUUUCCAAUAAUUGACAAUAGACUAGAGUUAAUUAAUCCAUUUUGAUUGGCAUAGUUGGUAUUAAUUAUCGUAUGGCGCAAAAAAUCAGUUACAUGAUUUUGUUCUUGAUUGUCUACAUUUUUUACUGAACAUUAUUUUAUAUGAUAGCCCUAGUCUGAAAAAAAUUAUUUGCUCUUGAAUUAACUCCCAGGACAGGAGUGCUGUUGUCUUUGUUGAAUAAUUGGAUCAUAAUUCAAUUGUAAUCAGACAAUGUACUAUGAAAUACUAUAAUCAAAGAAACAGGUUCCUAGCUGGGUGAAAAUGUCAAAGUAAUUCCUUAAGUUCAAAGAAUGUAUGCUUAUAUACGCCUUUAUCACAGACCUUAGAGACAGCAUCACACUUGGGAAGAUCUGAUUUUCAGCUUUUAUAAAUCAUCUACUGCAUUUUUCUAAUUGAUUGGCCGCAUACAGGUGACGAUGUGGAAACUGCUCUUGCGAAGAACCAACUGCCCAAAGGGAAGUUGAAUUAAAAUGCCUUGUCUCUGUCUCUCUGAAUGUGACCUAGUGAGAGUAGAGAAUCUGAAGUGACACGACUGGAACCUCACCCAUAGUCUUACUGUAGCUCUGCUAAGCAAUGCAAAUAUGACCAACAACCCCUCUGGUAUUCAGGUCACCUGUCUCCUUCACUGUUUCUGCAUCUUGUUCCCAAAUGUUCAGGGCUAGAAACCUGCUGUCAUAACUCGCUUUGCCUCAUGGAUUGCAUGAACACUUAUUUUCUGUUCCUUUUUCUUAUCUCUGUCAUAUGUGAUUUAAAUUGAAAAACAAUCAGGUUUCAAGAGGUCAUUGUCAAACCAAAAUAAUAUUGAGAGAAAUCUGCAAUAGCUAUGCCAAAAAAAGUACAACUAAAACAUUCUCCAGAAGGGAUCUUUGAAGUAACCAAAUACCAACGUCAACUACUUUUGGUCUAACCUGAGAAUGUAUUUCCCAAAUGAUGUAAUGGUUUUGUUGUGACACACUGUAAAGAUAACAUUAGAUUUGGCUUACAAAACAUAUUUGGUUAAUUUGGUAGUUUUGUAGUACAUAAAGUUUGUAAUAUUUAAAGGUUCUGGUAUUCAACCUAGCGGUACAUUGAUUUACUUUGGUGGGAGUCAAUAACAGAACAUUUCUGACUUGGUUACUGCCCCUGUCAUUAUACACUUAGACAAUUGGAAGGGGGGAAAGUCCAGACCUCCACCAAGUCCCUAGCUUCAUGUCUCUUCACCAAAAGCUUCAAACACCAGCUGUUGUACUUGUUAAGAAACCAUAAUAUCAUCAAACUUGUUUUUACAAACCAUACUUAAGUUGUUACUUUACCAUUUUUUGUAUUAUUAUUAUAUGAUUUUUGAAUUACCAAAUUUAUAUUUAUUUAUGACAUUGCAUAUUUAUUCCAUUGUGUUUUUUAUUUUUGUACUUUCUGUUUUUGUAUGUAAGAAUUUCUAUGUUCAUUUCCUGGAAGACGUAAUGUGUUCCAAGACGUCAGAAAUGUGAUUGAAGACAUCUGACCCAAAUUAUGUCAAUUUCAGGACCAACCAGUUAAGCCGGUCGAACUACUUAUUAGCAGAGAGAAAAUGUAAUCCAAUGCUAUGUUUUGGUUAAUAUCAUUCAUAUGUUCAUUUAAAUCUAUCCUCUUGGCAAAUGGAAAUUACUUCCCUCAGUAUUUAACAUUAAAAAAUUUUUGUAACAACUGCUUAUUUUCAUAGCUUUAUACUUGAAUUUAAGUAUUUAUUUAUAAAUUGACUGUCUUAAUUCCAUUUAUUUUGUCAGGCUGCUGUGUUGAGAAUUUCUAGCAAAGUAAUAGUUAGUGAAUGCAAAUGCAACAAUGGAUUGCUUUAAAUAUUUUUUUGAAGUUUGUAAAUAAAAUAAAAAAUGUUUUAAA